CAAACAUACAUAGCAUGUUCUUCAGGUCACGCGAUUAGCAACAUAAGUGGCACCCACAUUAUACACUAAUUGUCAAGGAAAUCUAAGACACACAACACAGUGUUUAUCGCAUAACUCUAAAUGUCAUCUCGGGCGUUCAAGCGCGCUCAACAAGCGCAACAACUGCAACAGGAGAGUGUACAACACGAUGCAGAGGACGAGAGCGACGACGAGUCACCCGUAGUCAGCAAGAAACCAGGCAACGCCUUUGCGAUGUUCUUGGCCACAGAUGGCGAUGGAGCGCAGAGCGACGAUGAUGACGACGGACCAGAGUCAAUUACAGAUGAAGAAAUAGAUAAACAACCAGAGCCCAAUCCCAAUGCGAGAAAGAAGAAGACCAAGAAAAAGAAAAAGGGCAGGCAUGCAGCGAGUGUCACAGUGAACUCCGUGCCCGAUGACGAACAAGAGGCCCUGAGCGACGAUGAUCUCGAUGCACAGCUGAAGAAAAUGGAGCUCUUAGACCAGCAGACGAAUGUACAAGAUGAGCAGAGUCCGAAAGAGAAAAGGGGCAAGUCAGAAACUGAGCGCUACAAUGUGGUGGCUGUAAACCGGAACUUCCUAAACCCAGAGAAUGAGAUGAGGAGAUUAUUUGGGAGUAGCACUAUCAAUGAACAGGCCAGAAAUAGAACGGGCAACCGUACCAGGUAUAUACGGAAGUUUUGGCUCUGUCAGCCCAAACCCACGUGGCCACCAUGGGCCAAUCCUGGACUACACAUGGAGAAGGAAUUGGGUGCGGAAGACGAUGCUUUAUACUCAUUCAAGCACGGCAAAGCUUACAAAGAAGUGGAGAAAGUAUUUCUCCAAGCGGUGGAUUCGCUCGAUCCCAACAACAUAGUGGCUAUCCUCAAUCGGCAUCCCUGUCACAUAGACUCUCUGCUACAGCUGGCAGAGGUGUGCAACAUACAAGGCGACAGACAGACAGCUGCCGAUCUCAUAGAACGGGUCCUGUACAUCCACGAAUCGUGUCUCCACUCGCGUUUUCGCAUGGGCGAUCCUCAGACCAGUAAACUAUUAUAUCGCAAUUAUGAAAAUAGGGGCUUCUUCCUAGGCCUGUACCACCACAGUGAAAAGCUUGCGCAAAAGGGAUGUUGGCGGACAGCGCUGGAAGUUUGCAAAGUGCUCUACAGUUUAGAGGAACGAGAUCCGCUGGGCUCGCUCUUACUGAUCGACUGCUACGCUCUGCAGUCACGAGAAUAUCAAUGGCUGCUUCAGUUCGAUCGUGCCAACAAGGAUAGACAUCUGCAUCUACUGCCCAACUUCGCCUUCUCGCUCGCGUUAGCUGCAUUUCAGGCCGAAUGGGAUCAAAGGCACGAGCUAGGCUCUGAUGUUUCGGGCGGUGUAGUUUUGGCUGGUGACACGGAUUCGACGACUCUGCUGGAGAAUGCGCUAUUGAUGUUCCCCGACAUGCUGGCGCCCUUGGUUGCUGCGGCCGAGAUCGAGAUCAACACAACGCUUCUCUUCAACCCGUUCUUCAGGGAAACAAUUGCGAGCUCAACAAUUGGCAAUGCAGAUCGAGCCAUUCUGGGGCAAAUACAGCUCUACGUAGCUCGCACAUCGAAGCCCUGGAAGGAACCAAUGGUAGCGCCGUGGGUACGGGCCACUAUGGCUGGGGUAGUUGCGAAGAUCAACAGCAAACCGGCCCUUGUGGACGAGAAUCGACUGCUGAGAGAAUCCGCGUUCAAUGGAGAAGGCUCCCGCGACAUUGCGCGACAUAUAGUGCUGUCAGGCAACCCUGAGGCGCUGGCCACACUUCCGGAUGAGGUCAAGAAUGAGUCCACGCGCAUGUUCGAUCCCCUGCCGCCCCUGGAUGGAAUUAGUCCUUAUAAACAACAACACUCAGCGCUGAUCACUGACUCUACACAGUCGGCACUUAAUCUGUUUCUGCGUUCUAUCAUGCCAUCGUUCGGGGUUGAGGAAGCGCAACGAUUGGUCACGCAGCAGGAUGACGGCGACGGCAACGGGCUCGUGUUGAAUGUCGAGCUGCUCAGAGACAUGCUAGCCAACUUCCAUCAAGAGGUAGGGGGGUUGCUACAAGGCAACGAAGAUGAAGGCCACGCAGACGAUGAAUGAUCACAGCAAAUGAGAGGAAUAAAAUAAUGUCUCACUCUUCAUUGAAUAUUGUUCUGAACCCUG